AUGUCUCCGCAAAAGUACACCCCCUUACAAGACAGAAUCGUUGCCAAAGUGCUAGCCGAGAAGGAGGCCCCCAACGGCGGACUCUCGUCCUCCAACUCUGCCGCGCAAGAAAGACCGAUUACAGGCGAGGUCCUGGCAGUUGGGCGGGGCAGGACCUUAGGCGACGGGGCCCAUGCGCCUUCUAUGGUGAAGAAUGGUGACAGGAUCCUUACAGCGGAACUCGUCUUGAGGUUGAAGGCGAGAGCCAUGUUCUUCUCCGGGAGGAUGAGGUUUUAG